GUUGCUGAUUGGCUGUCGCCAUUUUAUUGAUGGUUGGUUCGUUUGUAGUGAAAAACCCCUUUAGUUUUAUGUGUUAUUUUAUCAAAAUUUACUAAUGCACAUCAUUGAAAACUUUGCCGCAUGUUUUAAUAAAAUUAUCGCCACUGCAAGUUUAGUCCAUCAGGUGCUUCGAAAGUAGAAUUGAAAGUGUACGAAUUACGAAAUGUCGACCUCGAAUCAGAGCAACGGAAAAAAGAGCAGCAACAAUUCGAUGACGAACACGCCGUCGAGCACGCCCGUGUCGACGAUCACCAAUUCGGUCAACACUCAGGUGCCCGUUCAGAGCACGACGCCGCCAACUAACGCGCCGAAAUAUGGUACGCUCGUGCCGAAUCGCAUCUUUGUCGGCGGAAUUUCCGCCAACACGACCGAGGCGGAGCUACUACAGCUGUUCAGCAACUACGGUACGGUCAAGGCGGCGAAAAUUAUUCAGGAUCGUGCCGGGGUGUCCAAAGGUUACGGGUUUGUCACUUUCGAGACCGAGGACGACGCUAAGCGGCUUCAGCGCGAGGCUGAUAAUAUUGUUUUACGCGAACGCAAGCUGAAUAUCGCUCCGGCGAUUAAGAAGCAGCCUUUCAGUCGAGGCUUCGAGGCGGCAAGUCCCCAAAGUAUAACGCCCGGCGCUUCAGCUCCAUAUUUCAUACCCGGCGGAAACAUGCCGUUCUAUCACAGCGGAAUGACGUACUACUCACAGGCGCCACAACCCGGCGACCCGACCACGCAACAGCCACCCGUCUAUCAACCACCAUCUGUUUACACAGCACAAUCGGGUCCACCGCAAACCGCAGCUUACCCGUCGAUAGUCUACCCCACCCAACCGCUCUACAUGCCCCAACAGUUUCCCUACCAGCCCGUACCGUACGACUACGGCUACUACACGAAUGGAGGCCCGCAGUUUGUUGUGGGCAACCAGAACGCCUCCCAACCACCUCCGGGCCACUCAAUGCAACCUCCCGGUAGCCCACCGCGAACCCCAUGCUUCAACGCAGCACUGCCCUACGGCGGUGAGAGUAUGUACAUCAACAUGCCCAUGUAUAAUAACGCGAUUGAGACCUCCGCCAUCUACCAGGACCCCUUGGAUAUGGCCAAUGGGAACCUAAACGAGGAACCAUAUGGCUAUCUGACAACCGUGCCAGCGGAAAUGGGACCUGUUCCGCCAUCUAACAUAAGCACUAUGCAAGGUUAUCAGACAGUGGCAACAGACAUGACGCGUCAAUCCAACACACCUGUAGUUUCCCUCCUAUCAUUAGAUCAGCAUCAGGAAAGAGAUUUCGUUUCUCUACAAAGCGGAUGGCGAAGAAAAUCGGUAGACACCAUGGCCAAUAAUGUUCACGAAUUUAAUAAAAAUAUGCUCGUCGUUGAAAAUAGCGUUAACUAUAGCCACACGCAAGCGAUCUACCAUACCACCAACGGCUUCGUCUCGCACGACUUCGGCGGUCCGAAUCACGCGCCACACACUCAUAAUCAUCACGAUAGCGAUAGAUCAACGUGGCAGGGUAGAAGACGGAACAGUCACGCGGACGAACCUCGAUCUCAAAGUAGUUCAGUGAUCGACGAAAAUCGCAACGAGGACAAGAAUCGCACAAACAACACCCCACCACCGGCACCCUAUUCUCCAAUAAUGCAAUACGGAUUCGGGUCGAACAAGUACAACUCGCGUAAAUUUCACAACACCGCCCGCUCCAAUCGCGGCAACUUUCACAAUUACAACAACCACUAUCGGUAUAACAAUUCGUCCAAUCGACCACACUACCCCGCCAACAAAACCUACCACAAACGACCGAAUCCAAAAGACACCACCGCUGCGCCACCUACGACGACGACGACUCCAAACGCAAGUGCGGGCAACUCGUCCCUGGAGACGCCACCACCAAACCCAGUCACUAACGGUUCUGAUUCUCCCCUCCCUCCUCCACAGAUCGCCUCUCCCUUAGGCUCCAUGAGUUUCACCCCUCCACGCCGAGGCGGCAAGCGAUCGACGCGCCGCCCCACGAACGCCUCGUCGAGUAACGAGAUUGGCGCGGGAGACGCCCCGCUUCCCUGCGCGAACGUCGCGGACGCCUGCAAAAAAUUAGAUAACCUCAAAUUGUGAUUCGUACAAAUAUGCGUUAACGUUAUUACGGAUGUUCCCGUCGUCCGCCCGGACGACGCGAUUUCCCCUAGUAACUUAUCCAUUCUGCAAAAGACUGUGACAAAUCCUUGUACAAGUAUGAUUAUUUAAUAAAUUAUUUAGACGUAUUUGACGUAUAAAAAAAAAGGGGUAGCACGUAUUAUUUAUUCUUAGUUAGAAGAUGUAAAUAAAUAUUGCAAUAUAAUUUAACAACAUGACAAUAUUAUUGUUAAAUGCACUAAGUGAGAUGCCAUUACUUUCACUGCUGGAAAUCUCGUUAGAACCAUUUUUUUUUGUUUGCGCCCGCAUCCGCCUGUGGCGCUAGUGUUGUUCAGUUAACGUCCAAAUAAAAAUGGUUAAUUUUAUGCUUGUGCAAUUGUUUGACAAAGUUGCACCCCACCCUCUCUCACUCCUCGUGACGAUUUCCAGUGUCAUUUCUCUUAAAAUUCCUCAACGUAAAUUUAUAAGUUAGGUUAGAACUUUGUCAAGCUGAAGCUGUGGUAUAUUGAAUAGUUACCAAGAUAUGUAUAUGACGUAAAAACGCGUAUAUCUUACACAUUGUACUUACUGUAAAGAGUAUUUCAAAGAUUCUCACUAUUUACUUACGUAUUGUUGUUAUUUAAUGGUUACACACACACUCGCGCACUUUUUAGGUGUCUCCAUUCGUUGAACCGAACGAAUUGAUAAGCAUAAAAAUUACCGAUUUUAGUUGGAUUUCUUACUUAAUCAUCCUGAAAGACAGUACCUGUGUAUUAUUUUUUUGUUAACGAUAAAAGACAUUAUUUUUUAUAUAACUUGUUAUUUGUUUGAUUUCUUGUCGUAGUUCUUUUAAGCAUUGCUCACAGCUGCCAUUCGUAGCAAUAGAUUACGAUCAAUUAGACUCUCCGAUGUUGUUCUUUGUUUGGGACCGGGCGCAUUGCUCGUUGCGAGCCGUGAACCGAUCCCGUUUUGUUUUUGUACAGUGUUGUCACAAAAUUUUUAACGUUUAGGCUGUGACGAUUAUAAUGUUGUUGAAAUUUGAAAAAUUUUAAAAUCGGAGACACUUGAAAGUAAUUUGUUCGAUUUCUUUUUUGUUUGGUACACGAAUAAGGUGAUGUUUAAACGUUUAGUGUAAGUCUUUUGUUAAGUUCCAAAGAUGAAGAAUAUUUAUGUAGAAAUUGUUACUAGCCGUAGUUAGCGUAAACAUAUACACUUAGUAUUUAUUUUUCAGAAUUGUCGGUUUUGUUGUAUACUGUAUAUAGAUAGAACCGAUUUGGCCAGGCGCGCUUGUUUCCCGAACUCUGAACCUCCCGAAGCUCGGUUUCAAUCGGAUCGAUGGCCUUCUGCGAAAUUAAUCGAUUUCUGUAAAUAUUACUUAUCAGUAUUAUAUUUAUUGAUAAUCAUUGGCUCGAAGGGAGUUGCGGUGAAAUUUCAUUUUCCAUCGCCCACAUUAGUCAAUAUCUGUGGUGCUAAAAGUCGAAUUGGAACGAUUGAGAUCGAGUGUUUUUUUAAAAAAAAGAUGGUGCUCAUUUUAUGGUUUAUUUUUGGCCAGAUCAGUUAUUAGGAUACCAUAUAAGUAAUCAUAAAUUAUAAAGAGAGCAAUAUUGAAACUUGUCAAAUUAGUUUGUAUAUAUAUAAUCUAGUAAAAGUAGCGAUGUGCUCUACUAAGGUUGUGCGUAAACAAACAUCUACUAUCUCUAUUGUUUCAAAUUAUAUGUCACAUGUACAGAGUGUUUUGCCUUGGUUUUUUAAACACACUUGUGGCCAAAGUUCUCGCGAAGGACUUUCGCCACCCGAAUUGCCCGCAUUUAUAUUACCAGAAUUAUUGACCAUCACAUCAAAAACUUCAAAAGUGGUCUUCCAAAAAAAAAAAAAAACAAAACGGAUUUGUCUACAUUUUAUUUUCGAGUCGUAUGUGCAACAACUGUGAUAGAUAAAUACUACGAAAAGUUACACCACUUAGUCGCACUCUUGAUUGUUUUGACGGCGUCCCAAUUCACCAUGCGAUGGGACGCAGGUACAUCUACGAAUUGCCUUCGCAAAACCCCCGACCGUAGUUAACUGAUGUUCAAUAAUUCGAAAGAUUCGCGAGCAAUCUUAAGGCCUAAUCAAAUGUGUUAAACGCGAGACGAAAUUUGGUAAAACUUAAAAACGCCACCACACGUCUUUUUUACCAAGUACGUUAUAUAAAGAAAAAAUAAUAAGCCAAAUUUAUUGUGAUAGCAUAACACAGUACAUGUUUUAAAUUUAAAUUUCGUAAACUUUACUGUAGUUUUAUAUAUAUUUAAAAAAGAAGAAUGUUAACGUUAUUGUUAGCUCGAAAUUGACCGUUUUCCGUUUACAAAGAAAAAAAGGCACAUAUCUUUCUACGUAAUUUUACGACAAAGAUCGUGUGUGUUUUUCAAAAUUUCAUUAUUUCCGAAAUUUGGCGAGGAAUUGCGAAUACAAAAAAUGAGAUUAUUAUUAUUAUAAUACGUGUAUUAAAGAUAAUUACAAAAAAAGUAAAAACAAACGAUACUUAUUUAUUGAUAAGAAACUUAGUCUUAAAGUCGCCUUAAGAAUAAUGAAAUACCUUCAUUAAAAUAUAGCAUACGGUAUAUGAUAAAAUGUGUAUAAUAAACUGCUAAGUAGUACCUAUCUAAUGUUAUAAGAAAAAUAGUGAGAUACAUAAAUAUAAGACCAUGUGUAAGUUGUCUCAAAUACACAAUAAAAGAUG